AUGGACUGCCUUGUGGGUUUUGCAUCUUCUGUUUCAAGAGAUUUAGUGUGUGGGGCAUUAAAUCAAUUGCGUUAUCUUCGCUCUUUUAACAAGUUUGUCAAAAAGCUUGAGCAAGAAGAGGGCGAUUUGAUUUUAACAAGAGAUGGUGUCCAAAAAUCUGUUGAACAAGUCAAGAGAAAAACUAGAGAGACUAGUGAACUUGUUAACAAGUGGCUGGAAGAUGCUAUCAGUGACAUAGGUAAAGUGAAUCAGUUGCUAGAAGAGGCAAGAACAAAGAAAAUGUGUUGCUUUGGGUAUUGUCCAAAUUGGAUUUGGCGAUACCGUAUAGGAAAAAAGAUAGCAAAUAAAGUUUUUGACCUUGAAAAGUUCAUUGAUGAGGGUAAAAAAUAUGUGUCAUUUGACAGCAUCGUUACGCUACCUUCAGGCACCCUUCACAUUCUCUCAGAAAAAUGCAUGAAUUUUGAGAGUAGACAAUCUGUAUAUGAGCAACUACUGGAUGCAGUGAAAAAUAAUGAUGUUUCCAUGAUUGGGUUGUAUGGGAUGGGAGGUUGUGGUAAAACCACAUUAGCAAUGGAGGUUAUGAAAUUAGUAGAAGUAGAGCAUCUUUUUGACAAAGUUCUUUUUGUACCUGUUUCUAGUACAGUGGAUGUUCGGAAGAUUCAAGAAAAAAUAGCAAGUUCAUUGCAAGUUGAAUUUCCAGAAACCGAAGAAAUGCAGAGAGCCCAAAGAUUGUGCUUGAGAUUAAUUCAAGAGAAAAAUAUUUUUAUAAUUCUAGAUGAUGUGUGGGAAAAGCUUGACUUUGGUCGUAUUGGGAUUCCUUCCUCUGAUCACCAUAAAGGCUGCAAGAUUCUCAUUACGACGAGAUCAGAAGAAGUUUGUACCUCAAUGGAUUGUCAAAGAAAAAUUUACCUACCAAUUUUAACGGAUGAAGAAGCAUGGACUCUUUUCGAAAAUAAAGCAUUUAUAACAAAAGGCAGCCCUGAUACCUGGAAGGAUCUGGGAAGAUUAAUUUCCAAUGAAUGUAAAGGAUUGCCUGUUGCCAUUGCAGCUGUUGCUUGUAGUUUAAAGGGAAAAGCUGAGACUGUAUGGAGGGUUGCAUUUAAUAAAUUGAGACAUUCUAAGCCAAUAAAUAUUGAAAGAGGUUUGACUGAUCCCUACAAGUGCUUGCAGUUGAGCUAUGAUAAUUUGGAUACUAAAGAAGCUAAAUCACUUUUCCUGUUGUGCUCUGUGUUUCCUGAAGAUUUUGAAAUUCAAGUUGAACUUUUAACAAGAUGUGCAAUAGGAUUAGGUGUAGUUGGAGAAGUUGACUCAUAUGAAGAGGCAAGGAGUGAAGUGAUUGCAGCUAAAAUUAAGCUUGUUAGUUGUUGUUUAUUGUUGGAUGCAGACGAUGAAUGUGUCAAAAUGCAUGACUUAGUUCGUGAUGUGGCCCACAUAAUAGCAAAAACUGAGAAUAAGAUGAUAAAGUGUGAAGUGGAAAGACAUGUUACAGUGGAACAAAAUUCUGUGAGAUAUCUAUGGUGUUCCAAAUUUCCAAAUGUUUUGGAUUGCUCCAAUCUUGAGUUUUUAUGCUUAGAGGCCAAUAUGAAAGGAUUUGAUGGAAUUUUCAAAAGAAUGGGAAUGCUCAAAGUUUUGAUUCUUGCCAACGAUGAGGAUGGAAAAACACAAAUGUCAACAAUAUCUUUCAAAACAUUAACAAAUCUUCGUUAUCUAUUCAUUGAGAAUUAUGAAUUGAGUGACUUCUCGUUUUUAGGUGGAAUGAAGAAUCUUCAAAGUCUCAAGUUAUUUGAUUGUUUACUGCCUUCAUUUCCUGAAUUACAAACCGAUGUUGCAAUUACACUAAAAUUGUUAGAGUUGAAUAAAUGUGACAUUAAAGUGAAGAAUUUUGAAGGGAUGAAGAGAAUCCCGCUUUUGCAAGAGUUGUACAUUAUUGAUAUUGAAGGAGAAUGGUAUGCUAACAGUGAAGACAAUAUUGAAUUCUUUAACACGUUUAGCAUUCCCGAAACACUACAAAGGUAUGGAAUUGUAUUAGGGUCUCGUUACUUUUAUCAUCAUAGUGAUGGAGAUAUUUACAUUCAUGGCAGAACUUUAUUACUUAACCAUUUUGACAUAUCAAAUGAGGUAAUAAAGGGUUUGGCAAAAAAAGCAAAGGAUCUAUUUGUAGGAAAUAUUCAUGGGGGUGCAAAAAAUAUCACCCCUGAUAUAUUUCAAAUUGAAGGAGGAGGUUUGAAUGAGUUGAAGAAGUUGGAGAUAAUUGAUUCUGAAGAGUUAGAAUGUUUGAUUGACACUAGUAGUCACUCGAGUGAGGUGGUAACUCUCUUCUCCAAGUUGCAUACGUUGAAAAUGGUGCGCAUGGAAAAUCUAAAAGCUAUAUGGCAUUGUUUUCUUCCUGCCAAUGGACCUUUUGAGAACUUAGAGAAGUUGGAUUUAAGUGAUUGUCCACGGUUGACAUCUCUCUUCACAUAUGUGGUUGCUCUAAAUUUAGUUAAAUUGAAAAUAUUAAAACUAUCAAGAUGUCAUGAACUGAAGCAUAUAUUAACAGAUGAUGAGAAAACAGAGAAAAGUCAUAAUGAAUUCACUGGUGGGCAUCCUGUACAAAUCUUCCAAAAUCUUCAGGAUGUAAAGAUAGAUAGUUGUCCAGAAUUAAAAUAUAUAUUCUCGGCCAACAUUGUUGGAGGGUUAGGUCAAUUGAAAGUGCUCAAGAUAGAAAGAUGCGACAUGCUAGAUCAAAUAAUUGGGGAUAGAAAAGAAGAACUUGAUGAAAUUGUUGAGGAAGGAACUCUAUCUAGCCUUUCAAGCCUUACGAUAACGUGUUGUGGGAAGUUAGGCUCAAUUUUUACAUCAUCUAUAGCUAAGACCUUGACUUCUUUGGAAGAAUUGUUCAUAGAUGACUGUAAAAGUUUGAAGGAUAUAGUAAGUCAUGAAAGGGAUAAUAAAAAUCAGGAGGAAAGCAUUGUUGAGGAUGAGCAUGAUUGUCAGUGUGAUAUUUCAAUCUUCCAAAGUUUGGAAAGGCUUGAUAUCCGUAAUUGUGACUUAUUGAAAAAGCUACGUAUAUUCCCUGUUUCUUUUGUUGGAGGCAUGAAGAAAUUGAAUGAUAUAACAAAUAAAGAGGCUGCUGAUUUGAAAGAUUUCUCUAGUCGAAAUAAUACUCAAAAUGAGGAGAUUCUAAACCAUUUCCUCAUUCUACAAACUCUAGUCAUAUGGAGAUCUGGACUAGAAUGUAUUUUUUUCCUUAAUGGAUAUGGAAUGAUUGACCAACAAGUGAGUUUAAGGUUAGAGAAGUUGGACUUGUAUAAUCUACCUCAAAUGACUUAUAUUUGGGUGGGUCCCAACAAUUCACUUACUCUCCAACAUCUUAUCACAUUAGAAAUAACGGAUUGUGGAAAGUUGGAAGUAAUAUUUCCAAAUUCUGUUAUAAGAUGCUUACCAGAGUUGGCGUGGCUAACCAUAUCAAAAUGCAUGGAAUUGAAGCAGAUCAUUGAAGAAGACGAAUCCAAUAUAGAUGGAGGCUCUGAAGUAGAGGAGAUUAUUGAAUGUAAUAAAGAACCUUCAAACAAUUAUUUUGACUUCCCAAAUCUUGAAAGACUAGUAAUAGUUGAAUGUGCCAAAUUGGAAGUAGUCUUUUCAAAGUCUGUUUUAAGAUGCUUACCAAAGUUGAAUGUUCUUGUGAUAAAAAAAUGCAAUGAAUUAAGACAAAUCAUUGAAGGGGAUAAAAAUUUGUCUAAUAUUCUUUCUCCUCAACCAUGUUUCCCAAAACUAGAAGCAUUGCAGGUUGAUCAUUGCCAAAAGUUGAAAAGAGUUUUCUCUGGAUAUGCUUCUAAUGACCUUCCCAAUCUUCAUCUUCUGGCCAUAAAUGGAGCCAAUGAACUAGAAGAGCUUGUUGGAUGUAAACAAGAAAAGAUUAAAGUUGAGCUUCCAAGACUUAAACUUUUAAUAUUUAUGCAUAUGGAAAACUUCAGUCAAGAGAUUGACUUGCAUAAUUUAAAAAAUUGCUUUGUCUACAAAUGUCCAAAAUUAUCUUUGACUUCAACAACUACAUUUUGGAAGGUCCUUGAACAUUUUCCUUCCCAAGGAAAGUUGGUGUAUGAGGAAUCAAACAGUGAAGGAGGUUUUCCAUACCAAUAUGCACUUGAAGAAGCAAUAGUACAGGGCUCCUUUCAAACUUUAGAGUCACUCAAUCGUAUUUUUUCAAUUUGUAAUACACAAGAGAUUGAGGACUUAAGAAAUGAGAGCGUUAAAUCUUCAUCCACUGGAGUUGAAGACAUUGGCAUUGAAGAUGCUGUUGCAACUCACACUGAUUCUGGUGGCGAGGACAUACUUGCACUAGAUUCCAAGGUAGUUGAACAAGAUGAUAAGAUGAAUGAAAGCAAGCCAGGAAUAAUGGCAAGCCAAGGAAUCCAAGUAGAAGAAGGGUUGAACCUUUUGCAUAAACAAGAGGGAAUAGAUGUUGUUCCUAACAACAACAUUGAUAUUUCUUCAGCUUCUGCAGAUAUCCGUACAAGAUUGGGAGCAUAUAAACAUUUUGUUGAUCUGGAUGAUGAACAAAUUUCUCUUCUGGUGGAGGCAAUAACAACAUAUCCUCAUCUCUGGAAUGCUUCCAAAAAGUUUAGUGAGCGCUUUCAAGCUUGGAGGUUGAAAAUUUUGGAAGAUAUGUUAUCGUUCCUCCAGGAAAGUGGCGAUAGUAUUCCUGAAAGAGAAAAAGAGUUCCAUAAACUAUGUGAAGAAGCUAUUGAAAUUGGAUUUGAUAGUUCAUGGAUAGAGGAAAUGCGUCAACGUGUUGUAGCGAGGGAUCUUAAGCCAGGAGAGGACAUUGCACGGAGACAAAUAGAUGAGAAUUCUAAGAGUUUGUUACACAGGUGUAGUAGUGGGGACAUGGUACCAGAUUCCCAGUCUGUUGAACGAGGUGAUGGAUCUAAGAUUAGCUUGGAAGAAGGUUCUAAGUUGGUUGAUAAAGAAAGUGAAAUAAGCAUUGUUUCUAAUGACCGUAUUGUAGCUCCGAGAAAUGAAGAACUAGAGAUGGAAUUUGUUGCAAAAGUUUCCACUUCAGAAAUACCAAGUAUCGCAGCAACAUUAACAAACUCACAACCAGUGGAAAGGCCAACUCCAAGUUGUUUGAAUAUGCCUCUAUGUGAAACACCCGCAAAUGCAUUGGUCGACAAACAACGGAUUAUUGAACCAUGUUUGAUGAACCAACAAAAGCCAUUUGGAAAUAUUAGUGAAAUUACGAGCAGCCAAACUGAGGUAGGCACUGCUAAAGAAAUUGCUCAUCCUAAAAUUAUUCAAGGCUUUGGGAGCAAUGAUGUCAUAAGCUUAUUUGCAUCAGAAAAAGAGAGUGAAGAUAGCCUAGUGGGAAAGACCCUCACUGAGCUAGAAAAGUUUUUGAAGAUGUCUCUGAAGGACGUAGUUAGCUCUGAAACUGACACUCUUCGGUCUACUCUUAAUUUGUUAUCCAACAUUCCUUUCAAAGAUGUGACUCUAUCAGAUGGACUCAAACAUAUUAUAGAGACUAUGCGCCAACACUUCCCAACCAUUCUACGCUCCUUUAAGCAAGGCUUUGCUACCAUUGACAAGUUGGGAAAGCUUGAAGCUUGUCAGAAUGAGGUGGCCACUACUCUUGUUUCCAAAAUUUCUGAGGCAGAUAAUUUCUACAAUGAAGCUCAAAUGAAGGAAGAAGUUUUGAAGGAACAAAUAAAAGUUUGUGAGGCUGCCUUAUCAUCUUUCGAGAGGGAAAAGAAUAAAUGCAUUGCGGAAACUAUAGGGUACAAAAAGGAGCUUGAUAAUGUGAUGAAGGACAGAUCUCAAAUUUUGGAAGAUAAAAGAAAAGUUGAGCAAGAAUUGUUUGAGGUGGCUUAUAAAUGGUCAGUUCUAUGUAGUCAAUAUGAGCUCAAUCGCAUGGUUGCUACAAAUAUCCCGUGA